CAAAUUUGAGGCCUAUAGGGGAUGGGGAAAAAAAUAAAGUUAGGUCAAGUUUCAGACGACACAAUCCGCUUCGACACUCCGCAGUGCGCAGCCUCCGCUAUCGCCUCAGGUGACAAGAAACAGGAAGCGAUAGAUGAAGGGACAGAAUGACAAAUCAUUGCAUUCGGUCUCAGAGGAGCUGAAUGGAGAUUGUGGGAUGGCUGAGAUGUCAGGUUUAUUCAUCCCCCUGUAUAUGGUUAGUAUCCUAGAACAAUGCAAGAAAUUGUUGGAGGUAGACUGCCCAAGUUCACAGAAGAAGAGGUAUCAACCAACGUACUUAUAUAGAGAAUCCAAAAAAUCAAACCAAACCAAAAGAGCUGGGCUACUGACAGGACUGGAAUACUGGAUUUGUUUGCAAGAAAUUGUCCUAUUGGCAUGGGCCGAAAAACUAAUUCUAAACAAAUUGCGCUGGAAUGGGAAAAAAUAAAGAAACCAAUUCUUGAGAGAGUUAGUUGUGCCAUUCAGCCAGAGGGUCAAUCACAGAAGCAGCUGUCUAGUGUGUCUGAUUUCAUGAGUAGUUAUGCGAAUAGAUUCACUGGGUUUGUAGAUGAUUGGAAAGCACACUUGCCACGUAUAAAAGUUUUGAUGGAAAGGGGGUUAGAAAGUAACACGGGCUCUGAGAUGGUGAAGCAUUUUAUUACUGAUAGGACUAAGGAUUUAAAGGCUCUUUAGAAGGAGGAAAGAGAUGAAGAAACAAGGAUGCUUAUUUUUUGUAGCACGAAAUGGGAAAAAAUAAUGCCUGACAUUGCAAGUCGAGUUGAUAGUUAUAUGGUAUCUGUGUUCACAACUAGAUAUAUUAGAAGAAUGAUGGCGAUUGCUGACGAAUUUGGGCAGUACCUGCCACAGAUAAUUGAAUUGAUGGAAAUGGAGAAGAAUCUAAAAAGUGGCGAUAAUUGAAUUGAUGGAAAUGGAGAAGAAUCUAAAAAGUGGCGAGGGAAAGAGGUUCAAGGAUGAUGAGAUAAUUGAAUUUCCAUAGAGGAAAAGCAAAGGAGGAAGGGAGGAUCCAUGAUUUGCCACCAAUAGUUGAAUGUACAGAAAGCGAGAAGAAUAUAAAAAGUGGCAAGGGGGAGGGGGAGGGGGAGGAAGAGUCACCUUUCGAGGAGCCCCGGGGAGAGAAAAGUGGGGAGGGAGAGAACCCAGGAUGAUGAGAUAAUUGAAUUUCCCGAAAGGUGCAAACUGAAAAGAAUCACAAGACUGGCAAGGGGGAGGAAUGAGUCACUUUAAGGAGUCCAAGGAGGAAGGGAGGAUCCAUGAUUCAUCACCAAUGGUUGAAUGUAAAGAAAAGGAGAACAAUAUAAAAAGUGGCGAGGGGGAGGAAGAGUCACAUUCCGAGGAGCCCCUAGGGGAGGUCAGUUGUGCUGAUUCCUUGGCUGGGGAUGCAAAAGUCCGCGGAAUCAGUGGUGGUGAUAAGAAACGUCUAUUGAUGGCAUGUGAGCUUAUUGCUAGCCCAUCCGCCAUUUUUGCUGAUGAGCCUACUACUGGACUUGAUGCCUUCCAGGCAGAGAAGGUAAUGGAACCACUCUGACAACUUGCACAGGAUGAACAUACUGUAAUUUGCUCCAUACAUCAGCCUAGAGGUUCAGUGUAUAGUAAAUUCGACGACAUUGUGUUGCUAACAGAUGGCGCACUUGUUAUGGCUGCACUGUGUAUCGUUGCCCAGAUCAUGUGAAUCCUGCUGAAUUUUUGGCUGACAUAAUAUCCAUAGACUAUGAUUCUGCCGAAAGUGUCUACUCUUCCCAGAAAAGGAUAGAUGGUCUUGUUGAGUCGUUCUCACAACAAACAUCAUCAAUUCUAUAUGCAACUUCUCUUACUAGAAGGGAGUCCUUUAAGAAGAGCAUGAACUUGAAAAAGAAAACUACUUUCAAAAGGAAAGGAGGAUGGUGGAGGCAGUUCUGGUUACUUCUUAAACGUGUGUGGAUGCAGGCUUCUCGCGAUGGACCAACAAACAAAGUUCGGGGAAGAAUGUCAAUUGCAUUGGCAAUAAAAUUUGGUUCAGUUUUUUGGAGAAUGGGAAGAUCUCAGACUUCAAUACAGGACAGAAUGGGAUUGCUCCAGGUUGCUGCUAUAAACACAGCAAUGGCUGCACUCACAAAGACAGUGGGUGUGUUUCCCAAGGAACGUGCAAUUGUAGGUAGAGAGCGUGCUAAAGGGUCUUAUACGUUAGGACCGUAUCUGCUGUCCAAGCUGAUAGCUGAGAUCCCUGUUGGAGCAGCAUUUCCAUUAUUAUUUGGCACUGUUUUGUACCCCAUGGCUCGUCUCCAUCCUACUUUGUCCAGAUUUGGAAAGUUCUGUGGAAUUGUGAAAGUGGAGUCCAUUGCUGCAUCUGCAAUGGGCCUAACUGUUGGGGCGAUGGUUCCAACCACCGAAGCAGCAAUGGCAGUUUUCAUUGUAUUUGGAGGCUAUUAUGUUAAUGCAGACAAUACACCUAUAAUCUUUCGAUGGAUUCCUCGUGCUUCACUUAUAAGAUGGGCAUUUCAAGGGCUUUGCAUCAAUGAAUUUACUGGUCUUCAUUUUGAUCAUCAGCAUUCAUUUGAUACACAAUCUGGAGAACGGGCACUUGACUGCCUUUCCUUUGGAGGCAGUCGCAUUAGAGAUACAGUUAUGGCUCAAAGUAGAAUACUGUUGUUUUGGUACUGCACCACUUGUCUUCUCCUCGAUAAAAACAAGCCCCAAUACCAGCGCCUUGAGCAGCCGCUUCUUAACCAAAUCCAAACAGAGCCAAAGCUUGAGCCUUCUAAGAGUGACCAGGAGGAGGAACCAUACGAGCAACUUGAACCUCCUCUGCUUGACCAAGGUAAACCAACCGAGAAGCUUGAAUCUCUACCCAUUGACCAAAUGAACCUCUAUAACCUAGAAGGUGCUAUGUAAAGAAGAUGCCUAUGCAAUAAAGGAAGGGGCCUCGUGCCUUUUCUGAGUUAAUGAGCUGUUGAGAGGUCCUUGUAGAGCCUUGUUCUUUCUUGCCCUUCUAGUUAUACCACCAUUAUAUAUAUGGUUUACAUUUCAUUGAAAUGGUUUCUCAUAAGAUUGAGUUGAGUCGAUGUUGGGGCAUUAAUUUAAAUUGCAGAUCUUGAACACAGCUGCUAUACCAAAAUUAUAGAUGCCUCACUACACAUGCCUCAACGCUGAUUUAUUGUUUGUUUAUAUAAAUGUGGUGGGACAAAAGGUUCCAAAUUGACUGAUGAAAGAACUGAGCUAUUUUGAUUUUCUUUUUUUCCUUUUGAUUU